AUUAGGCAUUGCUCAUUUUCUGGGGGUUAUGCUAGUGUACAAGGAGUGUACCCAUCAUCACUACCAUAGGAACAGAGCAAGUUAGGAUCCUGUUUUUUCUUUGGCAGAAAAUUGCAGUUAUAGUUCCCAGCCGACUGACCUGUGAUAAAUCCAUUCCCCAUUCUUUCUUUUUUCGCAGCAUCGCCCUCAACCUGCGAUUUUUUAACAUCAGAAUAUAAUACAAAUCGAAUUCUGCCAGCACAAUGGAUUCCACACCGCUCUGAGUUGGAGAAAAAGGGACUGCAGGGGAUACCUAACAGAUCCCUCGGAAACCCUCGAAAUUGAACAAGUUUCAAUUCAUAAUAUAUACAGAAUAUGGGUAGAAUAGCAGUUGCAAUAAUUGUGAUCUUGUGGGUUGUACCCAUUUCCAUAAUCGUCAAUCGCAUUGUUCCUGAACCUUAUAUGGAUGAGAUAUUUCAUGUCCCACAAGCCCAACAGUACUGCAAAGGCAAUUUCAAAAGUUGGGAUCCUAUGAUCACUACUCCACCUGGACUGUACUUUCUUUCAAUUGCCUAUGUUGCUUCUUUGUUUCCUGGGAUGCAUUUCCUGCAACGACUUUCAUCAUUUUCCAAUAUUUGCUCGACUUUGGUUCUGCGAACCACCAAUGCUUUGCUGGCUGUAAUAUGCAGCAUUCUGAUUUAUGAGAUUAUCACUCACUUAAAGCCAUCUCUUGAUGACAAGAAAUCAACUCUUCAAGCAGUGAUUUUGUCAUUAUAUCCACUGCACUGGUUCUUCACCUUUCUUUAUUAUACAGAUGUAGCAUCGCUAACUGCAGUUCUUGCCAUGUAUCUUCUAGUUUUGAAGAGGAAAUACAUGUUCGGUUCAUUGUUUGGAGUUUUGUCUGUGCUUAUCCGGCAAACAAAUAUUAUAUGGAUGCUUUUUGUUGCUUGCGUGGGGGUUCUGGAAUUUACAAAGAUUCAUCAAAUCAAUAAUGUGAGAGUUGACGAAUCCAGAGUGUCAGAAAGGAAGGGUGCUCAGUCAGCCCACAGUGAAGGUGUAUCUAAUGUCUCUAACCUAAGAAAGCGAAGAUUCAGUACUAACAUGGAUGUUCCAAACAAUUUUACUUCACAAACAACCGUCAGUUCCACACCCUAUGCAUCAGGUUUAUUGGAUGAGAUUCAGGUCAUCAUCUUGAAAUCAUGGCAUCUGAAAUGGGAGCUGUUGACUUCCUUUAGUCCCUUCUUUAUGGUAUUUGUGGCUUUUGCUGCUUUUGUUUGCUGGAAUGGGAGCAUAGUUCUGGGUGCUAAAGAUGCUCAUGCAGUUUCUCCCCAUUUUGCUCAAUUGCUGUAUUAUAGUCUCGUUUCUGCUGUUUUUACAUUUCCUGUGCACUUCACAUUAGGUCAAGCUGCAGUUCUACUUAGAUCAUUCCGUCAAAACAGACUGUUAACUUUCUUCCAGUGGUUUAUGGCAUUAACUGCUGCCUUCCUUUCUGUGCAUUUUUUCAGCAUAGCGCAUCCAUAUCUCAUUGCUGACAAUCGACACUAUCCUUUCUAUCUUUGGCGAAAAAUCAUUAGAUAUCAUUGGUCAACAAAGUAUCUUUUAGUCCCACUGUACACUUACUCGUGGUUUUCAAUCUUCAGUAGCUUGGUGAAAAGCCAGCAGAAGAUCUGGACGCUUGCAUAUUUUUUGGCUUCUGCUGCAACUCUCAUUCCUGCUCCUCUAAUCGAGUUCAGAUACUAUACAAUUCCGUUCUUUUUUUUCAUUCUUCACUCCAAUAUCAACAACAGCAAGAGUUGGCUUCUCUUGGGUAUUCUUUAUCUUGCCGUCAAUUGUUUCACACUGUUUAUGUUCUUGUUUCGGCCAUUCUUUUGGGAUCACGAGGCCGGGAUACAGAGAUUCAUAUGGUGAAAAGCUAGUCAAGCACUAUUGAAAGCUUCACCGAUAUAGUUUCUCGAGCCUUCCAGUUUGGGAACGGAAUUGUUGUGAAUGUCAUGAAGAAUCAAAGUUCAGACUUAUUGUUUGGUUCUUCUCGACAACUAGUUUUACUGGUAGGAAGGGACAGGGCCCAUUUCAAUUAUACAUCUACUUUUAGCUAAAGGCUGAUGGCAUAUUCUUGGUGAUGACUGCAGUUUGAGACAACUGUGAUUAUAUUUGACAUGAUUGGUUAAAAGAAAAGUCGGGUUUUUUUCCUAGAUGGAGCGUGGACACUUAAUUUUUUACUCCAGCGAUAUAAGGCUAGUAUGUUUCACUCUCUUGCAGGGUAGUAGGACGGUAUAUUCUUCAUGUUGAUCACUGAUAAACCCAUUUCAUAUUGUGGAAAUUGCGACUGUAUUUUCAGUAUGUUCAUGGAUGAAGUUGAUUAUUUUAAACUGUGAUGAGUGUAUUAUGUGUGCUUAUUUA